AUGGUUGCAAGCUCGAACACAAUUCCAUCGCCAUUUCCACUUACUCCCACAGACCAAUGGGAUGGCAUUGAUGGUAAUUGGUCUACCUUUCGCAUGUCCAUUGGCACCUAUCCUCAAAACUUCCGUGUAUUGAUCUCCACUCGUGGAUCUAAUCCUUGGGUACCCCUUGCAGAGAAUUGUCAGAACCAGGAUUCAGACUGCGGGAAUUUGCGUGGUGUCGAACAGUUCAACAACAGGCCAAGCUCUGGAUUCCGAAAAAAUGAAUCUAGCACGUGGAAAAACUUGGGUAUGUAUAGCCUUUCACUGGAAGAAGACCUCGGUUAUCAAGGAAACGGUUUCUUCGGGGACGACACAGUUCGCCUUGGUUAUGAUGGGGACAACGGUGCUCUGGUGCAGAACAACUCCCUCGUAGUCGGCACGUUUAGUGAUCACUACUACAUGGGUCUACUGGGCGUUAGCAGCACCCAGACAAAGGUGGGAAGUGAAGAUACCGUCAGCUUCAUUGACAGUCUGAAGAAUGACCGCCAAAUUCCAAGUUCAAGCUACGGAUACACGGCUGGUGCUAAGUAUCAGCGCAAAGGUGUUCCCGCAAGCCUGGUGCUGGGUGGAUACGACGAGUCCCGACUCGAGCCUGCAAAGCUCGCCUUUGACUUCGCAAACGACGCCGAUCAGCCGCUCAAAGUAGGGAUUCAAUCCAUUAUCACCAGCCGAAGCCUUGCAGCGCAGACCGAGGUCAACUUAAUUCCAGUCGGGAAACCUGCCCCCUGGUCAUAUAUCGACUCCACUGUUCCGCAUCUUUGGCUUCCGAAAGAAGUUUGCGACAAAUUCGAAGCAGCUUUCGGCCUCACAUAUGACGAGUCGGGAGUAUACCUAGUCAACGAAACAAUCCAUGACAGACUUGUCCAAUUGAACCCGACUCUGACAUUUCAACUGGGCAACGAUAUCCGCAUCAACACCAACAACACGUCAAUCACAUUACCCUAUGCUGCUUUUGACCUGUGGAAAAGGACCGCAACGAACAGCACAACAGUGCGCUACUUCCCUCUUCGCCGAUCCCCUAGCGAAAAGGAGAACAAAAUCGGGCGCGUCUUCCUUCAGGAGGCCUACCUGAUUGUCGACCAUGAGAGACGUAACUUCAGCCUCUCGCAGGCCAAGUUCGCCGAUCCUAUGCCUCCACCUGACAUUCGCGCGAUAUAUUCCCCAGGUACAGUCUUCCCUGCUAAAGGCCGCGGUCUCAGUCUAGGAGCCAAGGCCGGUAUCGCUAUCGCCGCCGUGCUCGCCUUCCUCCUGGUCGUAGCGGCCGUACUGUUUCGCUGUUGGUGGAACCGUCGCCAUGGGGAGAAAGGGAGGUCGCGAGGAGCCAGCAUUGCAACCAGCACAGCUCCAACAUACCGAGAGAAAUACGACCAGCAACCCCCUGGGUACACGCCGUUGGCGUACGAUAGCAACACCAGCAACAGCAACCACAACCGCAUCAAGCCAGGUGAGACCUGGGUCGAGAUGCCGGCGGGGCAGGUGGAGCGGAGGCCGGAGCUGGAGGGCACCCAGAGUUUGUCGUACGAACUAGCCGACAACCAUGAACCAGGCCCCGUUCAUGAGAUGGAAGCCAAUGCUACCAGCGAGAAUAACGAGGCAAACUCGAAAGCCACGGAUGGUGGUGGGAAGGUUUCCACUGAGAAAACAAGCAACAAGAAGCGUGGGAGGCGAGCUUCGAUGGUGCCGUUUUCAUCGCAUGAUUGA